UUUAGACGAAGGCGUUCGUCUGCAAACGUCACAUUUACGGCUGACAUGGUUCAAAUUCUCCCUGGUUAUCCCAAACGGUCAGACGAUUCUCCUGAAAUAAUCUUACUCGCCUUGUACUUGCGUCUUCCAAGAGGAAUUUUUGAAAGCAAUAUUGUCCCUGAGACAGUAUUGAGUAAGAUCGUGAUGGACCAUAAAGAGAACAUUCAAACAUCUAUUGGAGGUGAAAUCUUAAGUGCCGAUCCUUUAUCGUCGGACAUAGAGCAACUGAACGACAGGGAAAGCGACAAGGAAAACGACGGAAAGUUAAAACCACCGAAGGUUAUUAUUGGGGCUUCGGUGGGUGGUGGAGUGCUCUUAAUCAUUAUUGCUGCCAUUCUGAUCGGAUGUAAAAAGACUGGCAGGUAUAUAUUUCUAUAG